CUCCCGUAAAUUUAAAUAAUAAUGUACUAAUUUAUAACUCGACGAUCUGCCGUAAAACCACUAAAAAAGGAAUAAUGGAUCCUAAGUCGCUAGAAGUUGACUUUGGCGACCCGACAUUCUACAAGAAGCCCAUAAAAGAACUAGAAGAGAAAUGGAAACUCGUGCCGGCCUUCCUGAAAGUCAAAGGCUUGGUAAAACAGCACAUAGACUCCUUCAACUACUUCAUAAACGUCGAAAUUAAAAAAAUCGUCGAGGCCAACAACAAAGUUACAUGCGAUGCGGACCCCCUGUUUUAUGUGAAAUACACGAACGUACAUGUGGGAACUCCGGACGUGGACGAGGGCUUCAACAUCAGCAAGCCGACGACGCCACACGAGUGCAGACUUAGGGACAUGACUUAUUCGGCUCCAAUUUCAGUGGACAUUGAAUACACCAGAGGCACAGACAGAGUCUCGAAAACUGGCCUACUAAUUGGCAGAAUGCCAAUAAUGUUGAGGUCAUCGAAUUGCGUCCUGACCAACAAGUCGGAGUUCGAACUGGCUAAAAUGAAUGAGUGUCCGUUGGACCCGGGUGGCUAUUUUGUUGUUAAGGGACAGGAGAAGGUCAUAUUGAUCCAGGAACAGUUGUCGCGAAAUCGAAUGAUUGUGGAGGAAGGCAAGUUUGGAGUUCAGUGUCAAGUCACAAGUUCCACACAUGAAAAAAAGUCUAGGACUUUGGUGUUCGUCAAAGGGAACAAAUACUACAUGGGGCACAACAUUUUCACAGACCCAAUUCCUGUGUCAAUAAUCUUCAAAGCCAUGGACAUUACAGGUGACAAGGAAAUAUGUGAAUUAAUAGGCAUUCCUGACAUUCAUAAGCUUACACCAACACUAGAGGAGUGCCACAAUUUAAAAAUUUACACACAAGAAAGUGCUUUAAGGCACUUGGGGACUAAAUUGGUGGCUAAGAGAUAUGUUUCAGCAUCCGCCAAAGUAAAAACCCCUAUAGAUGAAGCAAGAGAAUUAAUGGCCACCACUGUUUUGGCCCAUAUUCCUGUUGAAAAAUUCAAUUUCAGAUUAAAAGCUAUUUAUUUAGGACUUAUGGUAAAAAGAGUAAUUGAAGCACAAACUGACAAUAAAUAUUUGGAUGACAGAGAUUAUUAUGGCAACAAAAGACUGGAAUUGGCUGGUUCUUUAAUUUCACUUAUGUUCGAGGACGUAUUCAAACGAUUUAACUGGGAACUGAAAGCCACAGCUGAAAAAACGAUACCUAAAAUUAGGGCAACACAAUUUGAUAUUGUGAAAUACAUGAGAUCUGACUUAAUUACUAGUUGUUUAGUAUUUGCUAUUUCCACUGGAAAUUGGACCAUAAAACGUUUCAGAAUGGAAAGACUGGGUGUGACUCAGGUACUGUCCAGGUUGAGCUACAUUUCAGCCCUAGGAAUGAUGACCAGAGUGAAUUCCCAGUUUGAAAAGACUAGAAAAGUCUCAGGUCCUAGGUCUCUUCAGCCCAGUCAGUGGGGAAUGCUUUGUCCCAGUGAUACCCCAGAAGGAGAAGCAUGUGGUUUAGUUAAAAAUUUGGCUUUAAUGACCCACAUCACAACAGAAGUUGAUGAGUAUCCAUUGAUUCGACUUGCCAAUCAUGCUGGUCUGCAAGACAUUAACAUUAUUUCUAGUGUCACAAUUCAUUCCCCCUCAUCCUUUUUAGUGUUCUUAAAUGGUAAUAUCCUGGGUAUCAUUAAAAACUACAAAAAAUUGAUUCAAGUAUUCAGACUGAUGAGACGCAAAGGAUUUAUAUCUAGUUAUGUGUCAAUUUAUCCAAGUUUUUUGCACAAGUGUGUGUACAUCAGCUCAGAUGGAGGUAGACUGUGCAGACCUUACAUAAUAGUGGAACGUGGCGUACCUCUGGUGACCGAAAAACACAUCAAAGAAUUGGAGAAAGGAAUAAGAAGUUUUGAGGAUUUCGUCCAUGAUGGCCUCAUCGAGUUCCUGGACGUAAACGAGGAAAACGAUAGCUUCAUAGCAUGUUAUGAAAAGGACAUUAACGAAAAAACCACUCAUUUGGAAAUAGCCACGUUUACACUUUUGGGUGUGUGUGCGGGGUUGGUGCCCUACCCUCACCACAAUCAAUCACCAAGAAACACCUACCAAUGUGCUAUGGGUAAGCAAGCCAUGGGCACCAUUGGUUACAACCAGAAGAACAGGAUGGACACCCUCAUGUACAACUUGGUGUACCCGCAAGCACCCAUGUGCAAAACUAAAUCAAUAGAGCUGACGAAUUUCGAUAAGCUGCCGGCCGGCCAGAACGCCACCAUUGCUGUGAUGAGCUACAGCGGCUACGAUAUCGAAGACGCCCUAAUUUUGAACAAGGCGUCGAUCGACAGAGGCUUCGGCCGAUGCCUGGUGUACAAGAAUUCGAAAUGCAUUAUGAAACGCUACGCCAAUCAGACCUUCGACAGGAUUCAAGGGCCGAUGGUGGACGUCACGACGGGACAACCCAUGUGGAAGCACCAGUGCUUGGACAACGACGGCAUCGCCGCCCCCGGAGAGCUCGUUCAAAAUCGGCAGGUGCUGGUUAAUAAGUCGAUGCCGACGGUGUCGGCGGUGCCGGGAAGUACUAACACUUCGGUGGAGUACAAGGACGUUCCGAUCAGCUACCGAAACAACGAGCCCAGCUACAUAGAAAAAGUACUGGUGAGCACCAACGAGGAAGACACGACAUUGAUCAAGAUAUUGCUGAGGCAAACUAGGCGACCGGAGAUCGGCGACAAGUUCAGCUCGAGGCACGGGCAAAAAGGUGUCGUCGGUUUGAUUGUGGAACAAGAGGACAUGCCGUUUAACGAAAGCGGCAUUUGUCCCGACAUUAUCAUGAACCCGCACGGUUAUCCGUCUAGAAUGACGGUGGGGAAGCUCAUAGAGCUGCUCUCUGGUAAAGCGGGCACUCUCGAGGGGAAAUUUCAUUACGGUACGGCAUUUGGGGGUUCCAAGGUGCAGGACGUUAGCGACGAACUGAUGAGGCAUGGUUACAACUAUCAGGGCAAAGAUAUUUUUUAUUCCGGAAUUACCGGUGAACCUUUGGAAGCUUAUAUUUAUUCCGGUCCAGUGUACUAUCAGAAAUUGAAGCACAUGGUCCAAGAUAAAAUCCAUGCGAGAGCACGUGGACCUAGAGCUGUUUUAACAAGACAACCCACAGAAGGUAGAAGCAGGGAUGGAGGAUUGCGACUUGGAGAGAUGGAGAGAGAUUGUCUGAUUGGUUAUGGCGCAAGUAUGAUGCUGGUGGAGAGAUUGAUGGUAUCCAGUGAUCAGUGCGAGGUGGACGUUUGUAAUAAAUGUGGAAGACUGGGUUACUGUGGAUGGUGUAACAGUUGCAAAAGUUCUGGACACGUUUCCAGCAUCACAAUGCCCUACGCGUGUAAACUGUUGCUCACUGAAUUGCAGGCGAUGAAUAUUACGGCAAGGUUGACCCUUAGCCACUACUGUGAAUAAAUUUUUUAAAUGUAAAAUAAGUUAAGUUUUAAAUUUUUUAAUAAAUACAUACAUGUUUUA